AGGAAGGGGAUGGGGGCCUCCAUUGCUGAAGCACCGCAGCCCUUCCUGGCUUGGGGAGGGGGCGAAAGUGGCCUUUUUGUGCUCCCAGGCGCUGAAUCAGUGGCCCCUGUAGGGAUCUGGACUUGUAACCUCCAGUUGGGACAGACUUUGGCAGAAGAGGGAGGAGUCUCUUGGGCCCGGUUGGAGACUUCCUUGGAGCACAAAUCAAAGAUGAAGGAAAAAGAUUCAGCUGGCCCUGAAGCAGGAAGGGGCUCUCGGAUCGCCCAGGCGAGGAGCAGUGGAGGAUUCUGGGAAAGAACAGUGCGAAACAGUAGUGCAGGUGGCGAAGAUACCCUCGGGUCAGAAGUGCAGCGCCAGCGCUUCAGGCAUUUCCACUACCAGGAGGCCGAGGGACCCCGAGGGGUUUGCAGCCGACUCCACCGUCUCUGCCAUCAGUGGCUGAAGCCAAAGCGACACACGAAGAAUGAGAUGCUGGACCUGGUGAUCCUGGAGCAGUUCCUGGCUGUCCUUCCACUGGAGAUGGCGAGCUGGGUGAGGGAAUGUGGAGCGGAGACCAGUUCCCAGGCGGUGGCCCUGGCCGAAGGUUUCCUGCUGAGUCGGGUAGAGGACAAGAAGCGGGCAGAGCAGCAGGGAAAGCGUCUGUUUGCAGGAGUGAACCCGGACCUCCAUGAGGCAGACGGGACUCCAUUGGGCAUCAGACAGAGGCCACUGGAAUUGCCCGGGGCUCCUAGCCUCGAUGAUAUGGGAGCCUCUUCCUGCUUCAGGACCAGCUGAGUUUUGGUUGUCCGUCUUUCAGCACUGUUGCAAGGAAGCCUCCAACAGGGCCCAAGAGACUCUCCCUUCAUCUGCCAAAUGCUGUCCUAACUGAAAGUGCAACCAAGUCCUGCAAAGACAAAGGUUGUUUGGAUAGCAACAAGUCUGGGAGUUUCCUUCACGUGAGGUCCAUGGAUUAAACCCUUCAGUCUGGUUGAGAAUCAGAAGCCCCAGUGGGAAGCCUGCAAGCAGGACGUGAGUUCAAUAGCCCUCUCCCAAGUUGCAACUGAUAUUCAGAGGCAUUUAGCUGGUGCUAAAGGUAACAGAAAUAUAAUCCUUAUAUACCCAAUAGAUCACUGCAAUCUGCAGGUGAGGGCCUCCUGCAGAUACCAUCUCAUCAGGAGGUGCAUUCCACACAACACAGGAAGCGAACCUUUAGUGUUGUGCCACGUACCCUUUGGAAUUCACUCCACUUAAAUAUUACAGGCGCCGUCUCCUUUAUCUUUUUGAUGCCUUCUGAAGACCUUCCUCUUUCAGCAAGCUUUUAAAGAUACUAUCCUAAUCUGCAUCUGUAUUGUGUUUUUUAAAUUUGUAAAUUUGUUUUUAAUGUUUUUAAUUGUUGUAAACCGCCCAGAGAGCUUCGG